GCAGCUGCAUCUUCAAGGUGUGAGAGAAUAUCUGCAUGAGUCCAAUCAGUUCUUUGGAAGUCUGUUGUGAGGUCAAGGGCAUCAACUAUCAAAAUAGCAUUGGGAGCAAGUGCAGCUAGCACAAGCUUCGUAGGCGCCAACUGAUUGCGUGCCAGAUCAGCGGACUCUGGCUGACCUGAUAUCUGCAAAAUGGAGCCAGCACAAAGAGGAAAGAGCGGGUAUCUGCAGAUGCAUGUGCAAAGCACUAUGGCGAAGAAGUCUGGGAAGCUGGGGCGAGGCUUACUUGAGACAGGCGGGCUGGGUGGCAUGGAAGCGUACGUUGCGCACCUGGAGCGUCAACUUUCAAAGUCGGGGGCGGCAGUGGGGGGAGGCGGUGCGGACCGUUUAGGAGCCUUAGAGGCUGGUCGGAAGCAAAUGGAGGAGAAGAUGGCACAGUGCUUUGAGCAGCUGCAAGGGACACAAGACUUCGGUGAGGAGUUGGCCAGAGACACCCAUGCCCGCUUUGAGCACGCUCAGGGCCGCACACAGCGGUGUGAACGGGCCCUAAAGACGGUUUACCACGACAUGCCUCGUUCCGACAAGCUCGAGGCGCUGGUUCGGGCGCUCGUAGAAAAGGAGAGCCGAGAAACGGACCGGCGGUUGGUGCAAUUGGUCGACCUGAGAUAUAAACAGCUCGAGGAGAUGUUUGAAAGGGGGGAUGGGGGAAGUGGGGAGGUUGAACCGGAAAGAGAGGAGGGCAGUUCACAAUUGAGGGGAACAGGACGUUUGAAGGGAAGUCCCAAAGGCGAAAAGGUGGGGGAAAGAGUCCGAAGAAGGAAACAAAGGGAAACCAGAUCUGCGGGGGAUGGCUCGAGGGCAGCGAACGGAGAGAGACGAGCGAAUCGGAGAGCGGAAUUGUUUCCGGGGACGACAAAACUGGCCCCAGAAGGACAACUUGAAGACGAGCUUGCAGAUUUAGAAAGAAGAGAUACGCAACAUUAUGUCGACUGCCAGAACGAACGGUGCGAACAGACUCACAGACGUGGAAUGAACGAGUGUUGUUGUCAGCACGGCCGUCGGGAGGGAAACGGGGGGAGGGAACUAGGGGCGGCGGAGUUUGAGGAGCGCAUCAGAGAUGCGGUCGAGGCGGCGCUCGCUAGCAGGCUCGCCGCAAGCGAUCACGCAGAAACGGCGGCACAAGAAGUAGAACCGGCUCGUGCCGCCAGCGAAGAGCCGACGGUCGGAGGAGCUGAUUCUCAAGGACGGUAUAGAAAAAUGUCAGGAAAAGCGAACGUUGCAGGGGGAAAGAACGAGGGGGUGGUUGGGGAUUGGGGCGCUGUCGAUAGAGCGGAGGUUCACGGGGAAGGAACUGAAGGGGCGCGUUCUGAUGAGCUGGAGGCGGCAGUCGCGACACACCGGAGGGAAAAUGCGAAUUUGCAAAGUUUCCGGGUGUCGACAGCCGCACAAGCAGUCGAAACGGAGAGGCUUUCUCGAGAACUGUCCGAACAGGCAGCCUCGCUCGCAAAGCUAUCCGGCGGAACCCAACGGCUGACAUCGCUAGAGGCCGCUGUUGAGGGCGUCAACGGGAGCAUCCAACGGCUCUCGUCGCUCGAGACCUUCGUGGAGAAGCUUGGCGGGAGCAUCCAACGGCUGCCGUCGCGCGAAGAUGCGAUUGGACGGACGACGGCGCGGAUCGAGCAGCUGGUGGCAGCGUGUGGGAAAGAGAGUGGAGCUCCGACAGCGAAGCAAGAGAAGAAUGCCGCCACUCUGCGCGAGCACGCCGGCGUUCUUGCCCAACUCCAGGCACGGGUCGAUGACGUCAGCACCCUCGUCCUGAACGGGACACGUGGCGGGCAUCCGGACGUCCGUCGCAGCGCGCCGCCGCCGUCCGGUCUUUUGGCUCGUCCGGAGGUUGACGAGAAGCACGCGGUUGAGAAGCGGGUGGUUGGAGGAGUAGGGGGACACAUAAGCGCUGGUCAGAACAGGAUUUACGACAAUUUGGAAAGCUUGCAAAGGUCGAAAAUCAACGGGAAUUUGGGUAAUGAGAGUCCGAUGUUCCAAGGAGUAACGGCGAAAGAGGCGGAAGAUGUGGCGGGUUUGGAAGGGUUCGGACAGCUGACUAGGCCGAGCUUAGGAUCGGAUUCGGAGGAUCGGACACCUCUGGAAACUUCGAGUAGCCGAAGCCCUCGGUCUUCGCCCAGACUCCGGGCAUCCACAACAGCUCACGUGCGUUUCGGAGAUUCGUUCGAAUCUUUCGAGAAGCCUUUGAACGCCAAAGCCGGUAUGAGUGGACGUGUGAAGCAAAAGUCAGAAAGCCUUUCUGAGGACGAGUGUUUUGCGGGGUCCCUUUGGGCGGUGACGCAAGCAGACGCGCCUUCAGGGUCGCUGCGUCCGCCAGAGAUCGGCUCGUCGAAGGGCGCCAGCCUUGCUUCCAUAAUGCACAGAUUCGAGGCGGAUAAGAUGCUGCUGACGGAAGAACGGUUGCAAAGCGGCGCCGGAACGGGACACGUGGACGCGAACGGAGGCAAUUGGGGGUUGGCGGGAAAGGAUGAGGGGUCCGCUUACGCGCGAGCGCUCGCCAAAACGGAGGAACGGAAACGGAGACUGGAUAAGGUGACGCGCUGA